AUAUCCCUUAGAGUUGCGAAAAUACAAAAAUCAUAAGAAAAUAACACGAAACAGAUAAAAACAACAAAUCUUCUGUCGAUAAAAACUUAAGUUAAAUGAAGAGGAACGGCGAGACUAAGCGGCGGAGGAACGUGGCGGAAGAUGCGGGGCAGGGAGGAGAGGAUCCGGCGAUGUGGGAGAAUCUAGAUCGGAAUUUCAGACAAGUGCAAUCGGUUUUGGACAGAAACAGAUCACUGAUCCAGCAGGUCAACGACAAUCACCAGUCAAGAAUGGCUGAUAACAUGUCCAAGAACGUUGCUUUGAUCCAAGAACUCAAUGGAAACAUCACUAAGGUUGUCUCCAUGUAUUCUGACCUCAACACCAAUUUCUCAUCGGCGUUUCACGGUGGAAAGAACGGACACGAGGGUGGUAGUUCCGGAACCAGAGCUAAUUAAUUAAAUCAUCCCGGAUCAAAUUGAUCUUUCUUAGUUAGACCGGCCGGUUUGAACAUUUUGAAUCAGUCUGGUUAAACCUAUGAUAAGUUAUGAUGUGUUAUGUUUAGUUUUAUUGCAAUGAUUGUCGUUAGAAUAAACCCAUCAUUUGGGUUGUUUUAAUUAUGGUUUUGAGUCUUUUUCAA